AUGGAAAUGGAAGAAAAUUUAUUUGUUAAGCCGGAAUAUAACGGUAAUUAUUUCAAAAAUCCGUCGUCAUUCGUAGGAUGGACGGGUUUGCCUAAUGUUUUGGCGAUACUAGGAUGGAUGAUGGGACCGAACAGUGGAAGACCUCCUUCGAAACAGGUUUUGGAUGAAACUUUACCCGUGUAUAAACCAUCAUUCGAUGUAAAUAAUUCGUCUUUACAAUGCACUUGGUUAGGACAUGCUACAGUUCUGGUACAUUUGGAUGGAAUUAAUUUUAUAACCGAUCCUGUUUGGUCGGAUACUGCUUCACCUUUUCGUACGUUUGGUCCGAAGCGAUAUCGUCAGCCGCCAUGUUCGAUCGACGAUUUACCAGAUCUAGAUUUUGCUGUAAUAUCACAUAAUCACUAUGAUCACUUUGAUGCGGAAGCGAUUCAGUCGUUAAAUAAACGAUUCAAAAGGAUGCAGUGGUAUGUCCCGUCGGGUUUAAAAACCUAUAUGCACAAAUAUGUCCCUGUAGAGAAUGUUCACGAACUCAGCUGGGGUGAAUCAAAAAAUCUGGUAAUUGGAGAUCGUGAAUAUUAUAUACAUUGUGUGCCUGCUCAACACUGGAGUCAGCGCGGGUUAUUUGAUCGUUACAAGACACUUUGGUCUGGAUGGGUAGUUGUGGGCCCAACGAAACGCUUUUAUUUCGCAGGUGAUACAGGCUAUUGCGAUGAAUUUCGAAAAAUAAAAAAAAUUUUUGGCCAAAUUGAUCUUGCCACCUUGCCGAUCGGUUGUUAUUCUCCUAGAUGGUUUAUGAAACCUCAACACAUUGAUCCUGCUGAAGCUGUACAAAUUCAUAAAGAUAUUGGAUCGAAGAAAUCAAUUGGAAUCCAUUGGGGAACCUAUGCAAUGGGAUCAACUGAGGCAUAUUUAGAACCUGCUGAUCUUUUACGAGAUGAAGUUAAAAAAGCUGGUUUGAAUGUUAAUGAUUUUAUCGUUUUGCAUCAUGGUCAGACAUGGACUGAAGUUAAUUGCGAUGAAAAAUAA